GACUCUUCCUGCACGCUGAAAGCUUCACGGAGUUGCUGGCCCCUGCACUCGCCGGCACCUGUUGGUUUCAAACGGCGUUUGGCUCCGAGCUGAUUCGGAGCCACCGUGAGGACUUGGCCAAACGCUGCUGCCUCCCUCGAUUCCUUCAGAGGUUGCUUGCGCAGCCGCGGCAGAGAGUUUUCAAUGGCUGGGUGGAUUUCUGCGGGCGGCAGCUGUGCCUCCAAGCGAUCUUGGCUGGGAAGUACAUGGGCACGGUGACCCCAGAGAACACGCCGGACGGACUCCCUGCUGACGUAGAUUGGGAGGUCUCCACUGAGGCAUGUGCCGAGCUGCGACCGCUCACCCUCGAGAGCCGAGGCUCCGUUUGCCACCGCUACGUGGGCGCCCAACUCCAGGAGGACCUGUGGCAGAGGCAUCACGAGUGGCUGGUUCUGGACCGCCGCCUCAGCCUGGAUCGGCAGCUGUGGGAUGCAAUCAGGGCCCACGCUUUGGUGGAAGCGCCCGACAUCCGCUGGGAGGAUGGAGACUUGCACUGCGGCGUGCGCGGCACCGCCGACUUUCGUCCGGCUGUGGAUCCCAGCUUCUUGGACCUCUCGGACAUGGUCGUCGUCUUGUGCCCGGAUGAGUUCAGCCAGCCACCAUCGGAUCGGCCCAGGCUCAUCUGCUGGGCCUUAAACCUCUUCGCCCCCUGCGCUUGGAUGCUGUCCAGAGGCUCCAGCUGGCUGGAGCAGUUGGACCACCAGGCCGCCUUUCGCCACGAGGGUGCAGCUGCGGCCCUUGUGCUUGGCCGGCAGCUGGAACGCGCGGUUCUCUUUGCUGGCCUGGAGCAGCUCGUCCAUGCGACUCAAGUGGGCCAGCAGAUGGCUGCCCCUCAAGCUUCGACUGGCAGCCGGCGAAGAAAAGGCGCCGCGAAAGCCAAAAAGUGGGCCGAGCCCCGUGAUUUGCGGAGUGGCCGCAAUCCCAAUGGGCUCAAUCUCUACAUCCCGCGACGGAAACUGUCAGACGUGGACAAGGGCGUGGUGCCGGGUGCGGCCAAAGUCGCCGCCAAGCCGAGGAUCCAAUUCUUGGGCUGCAACAUCCGCGCAGGUCAAGACCUCAGCAGUUUCUUGCAGAAGCACCGCCCGAGUGGCCGAGAAGCCGAACAGCUUUGUGUUCGUGUCGAGGACCUUCCCUCUGCUGGCGAUGUGGAAGGAUUGAUCGAGGAUGCCUGCAGAUUGGAGCUCAGUGGCUCUCUUUCGCAGGCAUCGGUUGUGCAGCUGGCCAAGAAGUGGCAGGUCCUGACCGGCAAGUGGCUGCUCUUCGUGCCGGAGUGGCGUGUAGAUGAGCUGUUCGAUUUGGCGGCCAGACGCCUCAGGGACGGGGAGCUGCCCAGCUGCUCACACAUUGUCGUGUCUCCGCCCGGAACGUAUGGCACUGACCCGACGAAGUACAUGCUGAGCGCUCACACCCCGGACUUCACAGAUCAGCAGUCCGUCAUGGCGCUGGGGAAGACCCUCCGCGUCGCCGCACGGAGUGGCCUACGAAGCCCUGCCGGGGACUGGGGUGAGCUCCGGGACGACCCCUUUGCAGCUCCGGGAAAGAAAGUCUCCCUCGUUUUCAAGCCGGACGUCUUUACCCGGCUGAACUUGCACAAGAAAAAUGCGUAUGGCAUCAAGACCACGCUGCACGUGCUCGACUUGUGA